UGUAUUGUACAUAAUUUCCAUGUUCUCCCUUGCCGUGGGAUUCACCUUCGAUACAAGCUGCAGCCGCUUAUCUGGCUCCUUAAAGCUAUAAUACGGAUAUUAUACUUCUCAGAAGGGCGCAAGAGAAGAUAUUAGCAAAGGUAGAUAGCCUUCGCCAACGCUAGCAAACAUACAAAAGGACUUGACUUACUUCCUUGAGAGUGGCUUAGGCCCGAAUUGUUUCGCUGCACCAGUGACAGUGUAAAAUAUGGAGGCAGAUCCCGAUUUUAAGUUUUUGAAGGUUGAUAGGACCAGCGUUGGUGAUCCAGUUGCUCAUGCAGAAUGGGCUACAAAGAAAUUAGUUUGGGUGCCAAGUGAAGAGCAUGGGUUUAUUGCUGCAAGCGUCAAAGAGGAGAAAGGGGACAAAGUUGUUUGUGAAAUUGAAGGUGGAAGGAGACAAACUUACCACAAAGAUGAUAUCCAAAGAAUGAAUCCGCCCAAAUUCGAGAAAGUAGAAGACAUGGCAGACUUAACAUGCCUUAAUGAGGCCAGCGUCUUGCACAACCUCAGGGAUCGGUAUUAUUCAAACUUGAUCUACACUUACUCUGGCCUGUUCUGUGUUGUUGUCAACCCUUACAAAUGGUUGCCAAUUUACACUGACAAUGUGGUUGAAAGAUACAAGGGAAAGAAAAGACACGAGAUGCCUCCUCAUGUGUAUGCCAUUGCAGACAAUGCUUACAGAAACAUGUUGCAGGAUCGUGAAAACCAGUCAAUUCUUUGCACUGGUGAAUCGGGUGCAGGAAAGACAGAAAAUACGAAAAAAGUUAUCCAGUAUCUUGCAAACAUCGCUGGAAGACACAAUUCUAAGGAGGUCAAGGAUCAAUCUGGCCAGGUCAAACUGGAGGUUCAGCUUUUGCAGGCCAAUCCAAUUAUGGAAGCCUUCGGAAAUGCAAAAACAGUGAAGAAUGACAACUCAUCGCGUUUCGGAAAAUUCAUCCGCGUCAACUUUGACAAUUCUGGAUUCAUUGCCGGAGCUUGCAUUGAUACCUAUUUGUUGGAGAAGGCUCGUGUCGUCCGCCAAGCGAAAGACGAGCGUAUCUUCCACUUUUUCUACCAACUGCUCAAUGGAGCAAGCGCUGAAGUCAAAAAGCAAUUUCUGCUGUUAGACCCAAAGCAAUAUAAUUUCAUGUCAAAUGCAAAUCUGUUGGUGCCAAACAUGGAUGAAAAGCAAGAAUUCAAAAACACGCUUGAAGCCUUGCGCGAUAUGGGAAUCACCCAAGAAGAGCUGAAUGCCAUCUUCAAGAUCAUCUCUGCUGUUCUUCUCUUUGGAAAUUUGGUUUUCAAACAAGAGAGAAACUCUGACCAGGCAACACUUCCCAAUAAUGAAGUUGCCCAAAAGAUCUGUCAUUUGCUUGGAAUGAGCAUUGUUGAUUUCACAAAGGCAUUGCUCAAACCAAGAGUCAAAGUGGGACGAGAAUUCACACACAAAGCCCAAACCAAAACACAGGUCGAGUUUGCUGUAGAGGCCCUUGCAAAAGCAACGUAUGAAAGACUUUUCAAAUGGCUUGUUGCAAGAAUAAACAAAAGCUUGGACAGAUCAAAGAGAGAAGGAUCUUCAUUCAUCGGAAUUCUUGAUAUCGCUGGUUUUGAAAUCUUCCAUCUGAACUCCUUUGAACAACUCUGCAUCAACUACACAAAUGAGAAACUGCAACAGCUGUUCAACCAUACCAUGUUUAUUCUGGAACAGGAAGAGUACCAGAAAGAGGGCAUAGAAUGGAAGUUCAUCGACUUUGGCCUUGAUCUCCAACCGACCAUCGAUCUGAUCGAGAAGCCCAUGGGUAUCCUUGCCUUGCUUGACGAAGAAUGCUGGUUCCCUAAAGCCACCGACAAAACAUACGUGGACAAACUGCACAAGGAGCACAGCAAGCAUCCAAAGUACUUGAAGCCGGAUUUCAGAGCCACUGCCGAUUUCCUGGUUAUUCAUUAUGCCGGGCAGGUCGAUUAUUCUGCCAAUCAAUGGCUGAUGAAGAACAUGGAUCCACUGAAUGACAACAUUGUUAGCUUGAUGGCAAACUCAACCGAAGCCUUCAUUAGCGGACUGUGGAAAGACCAAGACAACAUUGUUGGCUUGAACGUCACAGAAGGGUCAGACACACCUUUUGGUACCAGAACAAGAAAGGGCAUGUUUAGAACAGUUGCACAGCUGUACAAGGAACAACUGACCAACUUAAUGAACACACUGAAUUGCACAAGUCCAAACUUUGUCCGUUGUAUCAUCCCAAAUCACGACAAAAGAGCGGGAAAAAUCGACGCACACCUUGUUCUUGACCAGUUGAGGUGCAAUGGUGUACUCGAAGGUAUUAGGAUCUGCAGACAGGGUUUCCCCAACAGAAUUCUUUUCCAAGAAUUCAGGCAAAGGUACGAGAUCUUGACUCCAAAUGUUGUGCCAAAGGGAUUCAUGGAUGGCAAGAAAGCUGCCCAAAAGAUGGUCGAAGCGAUGGAAUUGGACCCAAACUGCUACAGAAUAGGGCAGUCGAAAAUUUUCUUCAGGACUGGGGUGUUGGCACACUUGGAAGAAGAAAGAGAUAUCAAAUUGACCGAGAUUAUCACCGUUUUCCAAGCAUAUGCGAGAGGAAACAUUGCAAGACGCAAUUACAAGAGGCGCAUCCAGCAGUUGUCCGCCAUUAGAGUUAUCCAGCGAAAUGGAAGGAGCUACAUGAAGCUGCGCAACUGGGCCUGGUGGAGGCUGUUCACCAAAGUCAAGCCUCUUCUUAAUGUCACAAGACAAGAAGAUGAGCUACACCAAAGAGAGGAUGAGCUUCGAAAGGUCAAAGAGAGAUUUGACAAAGUUGAUGUUGAAUACAAAGAUCUCAUUAGAAAACACGAGCAAAUACUGGACGAGAAGAACAUCCUUGCAGAGCAACUGCAGGCAGAAACUGAGUUAUGUCAAGAGGCAGAGGAGGCCAGGAACAGAUUGCUAGCCAAAAAGGAGGAGCUGGAAGAUUUUAUCACCGAGUUCGAGGCGAAACUCAAUGAAGAAGAGGACAAAGUUAUUAAAUUGCUAGACGAGAAGAAGAAGUUGCAAGCUGGUAUUCAGGAUUUGGAAGAAACUCUUGAAGAGGAAGAAAUGCAGAAGCAGAAAAUACAACUGGAGAAGGUUCAAGUCGAUGCAAAGCUUAAAAAAAUUGAAGAAGAUUUGUUGCAAGUUGAAGAUGCUAAUACCAAGCUUCUCCGUGACAAGAAAGCAUUGGAGGACAAAGUGAAUGAGUACACGUCUGUUCUGGCCGAUGAAGAAGACAAAGGGAAACAACUGGCAAAAACAAAAGCCAAGCAAGAAGCAAUCAUUCAGGAUUACGAAGAUCAAAUCAAACAGGGAGAGAAGACUCGUCAUGAUCUUGAAAAAGAUAGAAGAAAACUUGAACAAGAACUGCAGGAUUUGAGGAACCAAUUGGAAGAAGCCAAACAAAAGAUUGCUGAACUCGAGCAAGCAUUGGCCAAAAAGGAAGCAGAGUUGGCUGCAGCCCUGAAAAGGGGAGAAGAAGAGGCGACGAAAAGGGGUGAUUUGGAGAAACAGCGAAGGGAUUUGCAGGUUCAAUUAGAGGAGCUAAGGGAAGAUUAUGAGGCUGAAAGAGCUGCCAGAGAACGAACAGAAAAGCACAGAAGAGAACUCGCUGAGGAACUCGAUAAUUUGCGAAGCGAGCUCGAAAUGUCAAUGGAUACUACGGCUGUCGCUAAAGAUUUGCAAGCGAAACGUGAAGGCGAACUUACAGAUUUAAAGCGAAAUAUCGAAGAAGAGACGAAAAGUCACGAAGCUGCGAUGCAACAGCUGAGAUCAAAACACGCUCACCUCGUGGAAGAGCUUAAUUCUCAACUGGAUAACAUGAAGAGGGCGCGAUCAACGCUGGAGAAGAACAAAACCAUUCUGGAGGAAGAAAAUGCUGAAUUAGCACAGGAAUUGCAGAGAGUAACGGGCGGCAAGUCUGAAAGCGAGCGCAAAGCAAAGAGCUUGGAGCAGCAAUUAAACGAGGCGAACACAGCUCGUUUUACAAACGAGGAAUCGAUUCAACGUUUGGAAGGCCAGGCCGCAAAAUCAGCAAGGGAAGUUGACAAUCUCAACGCGCAGCUAGAAGAAGUUGAAUCGAGGUGCUCGAAUAUCGAAAGAGUGAAAUCCACUCUUGAUAACCAGCUGAAUGAAGUGCAGGAUCAGUUACAAGAGGAAACGCGACAAAAGCUUGCAUUGAACACGAAACUCAGGGAAGCUGGCGAUGAGAUCAAUCGUCUCCAAGAACAACUUGAAGAAGAGGAAGAUGAGAAGAAAGCGUCGCAAAAACAAGCUCAGACCCUCCAAUCUCAAUUGGAUCAAGUGAAGAAGAGUUUCGAAGAAUCCAAGCUUGCAUUUGAAGACAUGGAGGGAGCCAAGCGAAAACUUCAGCGGGAAAAUGAAGGCUUGUUGCAACGAGAAGAGGAUCUCCUGGCGGAAAAUUCACGGCUUGAGAAGAGCCGAAAGAAGUUGCAGGAGGAGAACGAAGAUGUUGUUUUGAAUCUUGAAAAAGAAAGAGCUAAUGCCUUGAAUUAUGAGAAGAAACAGAAGAAAUUCGACCAGAUGCUUGCUGAAGAGAAACAUGCCUCUGAACGUUUGGCACAGGAACGAGACAAUGCUGAGAAGAACGCAAGGCAAAACGAGACAAAGGUCCUGUCUUUAACACACCAAUUGGAGGAACUCGAAGACAACUUGGCUGAUAGUGAAAGAGUACGAAAGCAACUUCAGUUUGAAUUACAAGAGUUAGUUGAUAGCAAGGACGAUGUUGGCAAGAACGUGCAUGAAUUGGAGAAGGCAAAGCGUCUGCUCGAACAACAGGUACAGGAACAAAAAACCCAGGUCGAGGAAUUAGAGGAUGAAUUGCAAGCAACGGAGGAUGCCAAGCUGAGAUUGGAAGUGAACAUGCAAGCGCAGAAGGCAAACUUUGAACGCGACCUCGCAGCCAAGGAUGAACAGAUCGAAGAGGCUCGUCGUGGUGUUCUUAAACAGCUUCGGGAGCUGGAAGCUGAACUCGAGGAGGAAAGGAAAACCAAAUCGAAUGCCGUCGCUGCAAAGAGAAAAUUGGAAGGCGACAUUAAAGAUCUCGAAGGGCAACUUGAGCAGGCGAACAGGAUCAAAGAGGACGGCUUGAAGCAACUCAAGAAGUACCAGGGACAAAUGAAGGACGUUCAGCGUGAUCUUGAAGAUGCGAGACAUUCGCGUGAUGAACUCACUGGACAGGUUAGAGACAACGAGAAGAAACUGAAAGCUUUGGAGGCAGAUUUCAUGCAGAUGCAGGAGGACUUGAGCUCAGCCGAAAGGGCCAGAAAGGCCAUCGAAGCAGAGAGGGAUGAGUUGCUGGAAGAAAUCAACAAUAACUCUACAAACAGGAACUUGAUGGCGGAAGAGAAGAAGCGGCUUGAAGCUCAAAUCAAUCAACUUGAUGAAGAUCUUGAAGAAGAAAGAACUCAGAAUGAACUGAUGCAAGAGAAAGUCAAGAGAGCGAAUCUUCAGAUGGAACAAAUGGCAACAGAUUUGGCAUCGGAGCGAAAUGCUGCUCAACAACUUGACAACACUAGGAUGAUGCUUGAACGCCAAAACAAAGAGCUGCGUGCCAAAUUGGCUGAUAUGGAGUCCUCUCUCAGAUCCAGACAAAAGACAACAGUGCAAGCUUUGGAAGCAAAAAUUGUCACCUUGGAAGACCAACUUGAUCAAGAAACAAAAGAGAGAGCCAAUCUUACCAAAGGAAACAGAAGGUUGGAGAAGAAAUUAAAAGAAGCAGCUUUGGGCGUGGAGGAGGAACGGCGAAAUACAGAUCAGUACAAAGACCAGGUUGAGAAAGUCAACCAGAGAAUCAAGCACCUUAAACGCCAACUUGAUGAAACGGAGGAGGAAGUGACAAGACUGAACGCCGCAAAGCGCAAGUUGCAGAGGGACUUCGACGAACAAGUCGAACAAAACGAGGCAGCUCAAAGGGAACUCACUCAGCUGCGAGGGCGUAUGAGGCGUGGUGCAGGUGGCAUCUCUUCUACUUCACGCAGACGAGGCAAGGACGACGAGGAGGCUGAUGAUGAUAUGGACGACGAUUGAAGAAAUGAACUGAUCAAAUUUUAAAAUUAGCUUCAAAGGGCUGUCUCAAAAAGAUUUAAGGGAUUUUUUCAGCAAAUAAUAGAAAUUUUGAAAAUCGACCUGUAUUCAAUAAAUUCUCGUAACAUAUGUGAUUGGCAAAAUGACAGUGCAGAAUAGUUUGACUUUUCUGUUGUAGAUUGGGGGCUUAAAUGGGGUUACACCUGCAGUCCUUUGAUCCCUGAUUUCAAUACAUCUUUUCACAUUUUUUCGUAAGCUGUGCGUUUAUUCUCGGAAAGGCUCAAGAAAUGGUGAAGCAUGGACAGAUUUUCGCAGUUAUUUGUAAUCUCUUUGUGGACCAUUGAAGACCUGAACAAGAUGUCGUGCCUAGGCCAUGCUGUUUUCAUUUGUUUAUAGUGAAAUGAAUUCAGAAAGCUGGGAAUUAGGGCGGACUGCACGGGUUUCAUACAUGUUAAAACAAAUUCUUUCCAUCAAAAUACUUCAUGCGCAAAACACAAAUGCUUUAUUUUUUAAUCAACUUGCUCUAAUCAUCUGGAAUUUCGAGCGCAAAGAUUUCAAAGUUAUUCAUUUACUUAUAUAUCUACGGCGUCAGAGCAACACCGAUGAAACUUCAGAAUGAAGCGCCGAUAUCUAGAUCUUAUAUGUCAAGUAAAUUUGUAAGAAUACAAUCGCUAUUUUAGAUUUAACGAACAUUUUGAUAUCUACAUCUAA